AGCACCGGCCCCUUUCUUUGACCCAGAUGAGUUCAGGACUACAGAUUCUCCCCUGCCUGAGCCUCAUCCUCCUUGUCUGGAACCAAGUACCAGAGAUCCAGGCUCAAGAGUUCCGAUUUGGACCUUGCCGUGUGGAGGGGGUGGUUCUCCCAGAACUGUGGGAGGCCUUCUGGACUGUGAAGAACACUAUGCAAACUCGGGAUGACGUCACAAGCGUCCGGCUGUUGAAGCCACAGGUUCUGCAGAAUGUCUCGGGUGCUGAGAGCUGUCACCUUGUCCACAGUCUGCUGAGGUUCUACCUGAACACCGUUUUCAAAAAGUACCACAGCAAAAUAGGCAAACGCAAGACCUUGAAGCCAUUUUCCACUCUGUCCAACAACUUCGUUGUCCUCAUGUCCAAACUGCAGCCUCGUAAAAACAGUGACAUGCUUUCCAUUAGUGAGAGUGCACAUCGGCGCUUUUUGGUGUUCCAAAGAGCAUUCAAACAGCUGGACACAGAAGCAGCGGUGGUGAAAGCCUUUGAGGAAGUGGAUAUUCUCCUGGCCUGGAUGCAGAAAUUCUACCAGCGCUGACUGUCAAGCAGGAUACCUGACUCCCUCGUUUGUUCACCGUGCCGUUUUAAGACGUAGUUCGUGCCCAUGCAGC